CCUCCAGUCUAGUCUCCUCCUAUACACAUAUACACAAAAAUAAUAAAAUCCAUAAAUUCCUUUCAAUUCAAUGAAAAAAAAAACAUAGCCCAAAUAUCCAAAAUAAAAACACAAUCUUUCCCUCAGUCUCCCCAUUUUCCUCUUCUCCACUUUCUCUCUUCAACACUAUCAACAACAGCCUCUGCUGAAUAUUAUGAAGUAAAUGAAAACAAAACUAAAUUUCUUCUUCUCAGAAGAAGAUAAUGUCUCAACAUUAUCAAGAACAACAAAAGAUCCCAUUUUUAUUGUAUUCUCUUUAUUGUGAAGAAGAAAAAGAAACUUGGGAAGAAGAAGAUAUUUUCACUGAAGAAGAAGUAGAAACGCUGAGUUCUCCACAUGACUUGUUAUGGGAGGAAGGAGAACUUAUCUCUCUGUUUUCUAAAGAAACAGAGAGUAAAAUAAGCUACAAUGUGUUAGAAAAAAACCAAUCUUUUAUUUCAUCAAGAAGAGAAUCAGUUGAAUGGAUACUCAAAACCACUGCUUUCUACUCUUUCUCUGCUCAAACUGCAUUUCUAGCAGUCAAUUACUUUGAUAGAUUUCUCUUAAUUAGCUUUAAUCAGUCUCAGAAUCAGAAUCAUAAGCCAUGGAUGAAUCAACUUGUUGCUGUGGCUUGUCUUUCAUUAGCUUCCAAAGUUGAAGAAACUGAUGUUCCUUUGCUUCUUGACCUCCAAGUUGAGGAAUCAAGAUUUGUGUUUGAAUCCAAAACAGUUCAGAGAAUGGAGAUGUUGGUUCUGUCUACACUAAAAUGGAAGAUGAAUCCAGUGACCCCAUUUUCAUUUCUUGAUUUUAUAACUAGGAGGCUUGAAUUGAAGUACUGUCUAUCAUUGGAAUUUUUGAGGAGAUGUGAGAAGGUGCUUCUCUAUGCAAUUACUGAUGGUAGAUUCAUUGGUUACCUUCCUUCUGCAAUGGCUUCUGCCACAAUGUUGCAUGUUCUUGAUAGGCUACAGCCCUGCAUUGGAAAGAAGUACCAAGAUCAACUUUUGGGCAUCCUUGGAAUUGUCAAGGACAACGUGGAAGAAUGUUACAGGCUAAUACAAGAGGUGGCUUGCAACAUUGACUUUCAUCAUUCAUAUAAAAGAAAGUUUGGGACAUUGCCAGGGAGUCCAACAGGGGUAAUGGAUGUGUCAUUUAGCUCAGAUUACUCCAAUGAUUCAUGGUCAGUGGCUACAUCAGUUACUUCUUCACCAAAGCCAUUGUCCAAGAAGACUAGGAGGGAGUCAAGAGAAUAAACAAUUUCAACUCUAAAAUGUCUUUUAAAUAUUUCCUUAAUAGACUAGUUAUUACAUAUGUAUAAUGUCUAAUAACAGUGCUCUUCUUGUCUCACCUAAGUAUUUUAAUUCAGUUCUUGUUUAUUCA